AAACUUGACCAUAUAGAGAAGAAAAGAUAAUCUAGAGAGAUAAAGUAGAGUCAUACUGAAUUCAUAACACUAUAUAAAUUAUAAACCUUAAACAGAAAAUAAUUAAAACAUUUUUGAUAUUGAUUUUGAUUUUUAAUAAUGGCCAGUAGAACCAUAUCAAGAUUGCUUUCUCGUUCCAUCAACUUUGUUUCUGCUUCAGGAGGCAGGAGUUAUGGACUUGGCAGAGGAGUUGGUAGAUAUAGUACUAGCUCAGCUGCUGCUCUUGAUGAACCAAUCGUGCCAUCUGUCUCUGUCAACUAUGAUAAGCUUUUAAUUAAUGGACAGUUUGUAGAUGCAGCUUCAGGGAAGACUUUUCCGACAUUGGACCCCAGGACAGGUGAAGUCAUUGCCCAUGUUGCUGAAGGUGAUGCUGAAGAUGUAAAUAGAGCAGUUUCUGCUGCUCGUAAAGCUUUUGAUGAAGGACCAUGGCCAAGGAUGACUGCUUAUGAAAGGUCAAGGAUAUUGUUGCGCUUUGCCGAUUUGAUUGAAAAGCACAAUGAUGAACUUGCAUCACUUGAGAGUUGGGAUAAUGGGAAACCAUAUGAGCAGGCUGCUCAAAUUGAAGUACCAAUGCUUGCACGUCUAUUUCGAUACUACGCUGGCUGGUCAGAUAAAAUUCAUGGUCUCACAGUUCCAGCCGAUGGACCGUAUCAUGUGCAAACCUUGCAUGAACCAAUUGGUGUAGCGGGACAGAUUAUUCCAUGGAAUUUCCCCCUUCUCAUGUAUGCUUGGAAGGUCGGACCAGCAUUAGCAUGCGGCAACACUACUGUUCUCAAAACAGCAGAACAGACUCCCUUGUCUGCUCUCUUUGCAUCUAAGCUGUUGCAUGAGGCUGGACUUCCAGAUGGUGUUCUGAAUGUGAUUUCUGGCUAUGGUCCAACCGCUGGUGCAGCUCUUGCUAGCCAUAUGGAUGUCGAUAAGCUUGCUUUUACUGGAUCAACUGAGACCGGAAAAAUUGUUCUCGAGUUAGCAGCACGAAGCAAUCUUAAGCCAGUAACUUUGGAGCUUGGAGGGAAAUCCCCUUUUAUCAUUUGCGAGGAUGCUGAUAUAGAUCAGGCUGUUGAACUCGCUCACUUUGCUUUAUUCUUUAAUCAGGGCCAAUGCUGCUGUGCUGGAUCCCGCACAUAUGUACACGAGCGUGUCUACGAUGAGUUUAUAGAGAAAGCAAAGGCACGAGCUCUAAAGCGUGUUGUUGGUGAUCCAUUUAAGGGAGGUAUCGAACAAGGCCCUCAGAUCGAUUCAGAACAAUUUGAGAAGAUUCUUAAGUACAUAAGAUCUGGAGUUGACAGUGGCGCUACCCUUGAAGCUGGAGGUGAUAGAUUCGGUUCCAAGGGGUAUUAUAUCCAGCCUACAGUUUUCUCAAAUGUUAAGGAUGAUAUGUUGAUUGCACAAGAUGAGAUCUUCGGUCCAGUUCAGUCGAUCUUCAAAUUUAAGGACUUAAAAGAAGUUAUCCAGAGAGCAAAUAGCACUAGAUAUGGGCUGGCUGCAGGAGUCUUUACACAGAACAUAGACACGGCAAACAUCCUGACCCGAGCGCUGAGAGCUGGAACGGUAUGGAUCAACUGCUUUGAUGUCUUUGAUGCAGCCAUUCCCUUUGGUGGAUACAAGAUGAGUGGAAUUGGCAGAGAAAAGGGUAUCUAUAGUCUCAGCAAUUACUUACAAGUCAAGGCAGUGGUUACUUCUUUGAAGAAUCCGGCAUGGCUCUAAAUACUCGCAAUACUUCCCGCUUCAUACUAAUAAAGUUAAUGGAUUGCGAAAUAAAAUGUGAAGAAGAUCGAGGAGAUGAUAAUGACGAAGAUUAACUGUUUGUUGUUAAGAACUUGAGUUGAAUUUCGCUCUCUCAUCUCAAAUUGCAAACUUAGCACGAUAGCAGGGGCGAUUGUUGCCUAUUAAAGUUAAUAUAAGGGUGUUUAUGCUA